AUGUCCAGUUACGCGCUCCCCAAGUCCCACCAGGACCUCAUGGAGAAGUCCCUGGUGGAAACCGACAAUGAGGUCGCCCAGAUUAUGGAGAAGGAAAUCCAGCGUCAGCGCGAGUCCAUCCUCCUGAUCGCCUCCGAGAAUGUCACUUCCCGCGCUGUCUUCGAUGCGCUCGGUUCGCCCAUGUCCAACAAGUACUCUGAGGGUUACCCCGGCGCCCGCUACUACGGUGGCAACGAGCACAUCGACUCUAUUGAGUUGCUCUGCCAGAAGCGCGCACUCGAGACCUUUGGUCUAGACUCGGAGAAGUGGGGUGUCAACGUACAGUGCCUGAGUGGUAGCCCGGCAAACCUCCAGGCUUACCAGGCCAUCAUGAGGCCGCACGACAGGCUUAUGGGUCUUGACCUGCCCCAUGGUGGACAUUUGAGCCACGGCUACCAAACACCCCAGAGGAAGAUCUCCGCUGUUUCCACAUACUUUGAGACUUUCCCCUACCGCGUAAACCUCGACACCGGCCUCAUCGACUACGAUCAGCUUGAGCAGAACGCCCUCAUGUACCGUCCCAAGGUGCUCGUCGCCGGUACCUCCGCUUACUGCCGUGAGAUUGACUACGCCCGCAUGCGCGAGAUUGCCGACAAGGUUGGCUGCUACCUCCUGAUGGACAUGGCCCAUAUCUCUGGUCUUGUCGCUGCUGGCGUCAACAAGUCGCCCUUCCAAUACUGCGACAUUGUCACAACCACCACCCACAAGUCCCUCCGUGGACCCCGUGGUGCCAUGAUCUUCUUCCGCAAGGGUGUGCGCAAGACCGACCCCAAGACUGGCAAGGAGACGCUCUACGAUCUCGAGGGUCCUAUCAACUUCUCCGUCUUCCCUGGCCACCAGGGUGGCCCGCACAACCACACCAUCACCGCCCUCGCGGUUGCGCUCAAGCAAGCCCAAUCUGAGGACUUCAAGCUCUACCAGCAGCAGGUCAUCAAGAACGCCAAGGCCCUUGAGGUUGCGUUCAAGAGCAUGGACUACAAGCUCGUUACCGACGGUACCGACAACCACAUGGUUCUGAUCGACCUGAAGCCCUUCAACCUUGACGGUGCCCGUGUCGAAGCCGUUCUUGAGCAAGUCAACAUUGCCUGCAACAAAAACACCACUCCUGGUGACAAGUCGGCUCUCACACCCAUGGGUAUCCGUAUUGGAGCCCCAGCCAUGACCUCGCGUGGUCUUGGUGAGGAGGACUUCAAGAAGAUUGCCAACUACAUCGACCAGUGCAUUAAGCUGUGCAAGAAGAUCCAAGGCGAGCUCCCCAAGGAGAACAACAAGCUCAAGGACUUCAAGAGCAAGGUUGCCAGCGGUGAGGUACAGGAGAUCAACGACCUCAAGAAGGAGAUUGCGGCCUGGGCCGUCACCUUCCCUCUGCCCAUCUAA